UGGAUUUUGAUGACUCUGGGCUUAAAUAGCUAUAUAAAAAUAAAAAAUGACAGCAAUGUCUAUUCAAAUUUGACUCCAAGCCUGAAAAUAAUGGAGUCUAAAGUGUAGAAAGGGGUCGAUCUGGGCCUUAGUCAUCUUUAAAAGAAUAAAAGAAAAAUAUAGUCACAAGUUUCUGAUCAAGAAGUGAAGUUCAAAUUUGCUUUGUUUAGAUGUUGGCAUGUGAUUGAGAAACACUGAACUCUUUACUGGUUAUAAUAAAUAUUCGAGGAUAUGAAGGUUUCCAUCAUCACAUAACACAAACUGUUUAAAAAAAAUGGCAGGUUUGUUUGACAAGCAGGCAGCAAUUUAUUUGGAUGCAAGGCCAACUUUCCCAAAAGAAUGGUUCUCAAUGCUCUCUGCUCUUACCCUUCACCAUUCUUUAGCUUGGGAUGCUGGCACUGGCAAUGGCCAAGCUGCUAUCUGUGUUGCAGAACAUUAUGAUCAAGUGAUUGCAACUGACAUAAGUGAAGAGCAGAUAAAGCAUGCCAUCCCUAAUCCUCGAGUUCGAUACUUUCACACCCCAUCGUCAAUGUCCGACGAUGAAAUAGUAUCCUUAGUUGGGGCUGAACAUUCAGUUGAUCUAGUGACAGUAUCAGUAGCAGUACAUUAUUUCGAUCUGGAAAGAUUCUACUCUCAGGUUAAGCGUCUGCUGCGAAAGCCUGGAGGUAUCAUUGCUGUUUGGACAUAUAACACCAUCAGCGUUAACUCAGAGUUCGACCCUGUCAUGAGGCGUUUCUAUGAGAGUACGCUUCCAUUCCAAAACCCGAAAGCCAAGUUUGCCUUUGAGUGUUACAAGACACUUCCAUUUCCCUUCGAAAGCGUUGGCGUAGGCUGCGAGGGGCAGCCGACAACAUUAGACAUGCCGAAGGAGAUGUCAUUUGAGGGAAUGUUGGGGCUGUUGAGGUCAUGGUCAGCUGUCAAUACUGCUAAAGAUCAAGGUGUGGAUUUGUUGUCCGAAAAUGUUGUUAAGGAGUUUGAGGAUGCUUGGGGCGGCUCUAAUACGGUCAGAACUGCUAUCUUCAAGACGUAUAUGAUUGCAGGAAAGGUCAAGCAGUAAGGUUUCCUUGGAGAAACCCCAAGACGGAAAUGAAAUCUUUUUAAUGAUUUUUAUGAGCCUUGGGACUCAAAAAAAUGUGAGAUACUUUAUCUUAUUCUAUAUUAGAAUUGAAAAUAAAAAAAUAUUUAUACAAUCAAAUAUGGAAUUAAUUUGAA